GCUGUGGAGAAGCUUCUCUUCUGGCUGCCCCUGCCACUGGUCCCCGAGACCCCCUGCAUUCUUCAGGGUGCCCCCUGGUGUCAAGCCAAACAAACCCACUCCUGAGUUCCUGCUUCCUGCAGCCUGAGCUUUGCUAGUUCCUAAAUCUCUGUAUGGCCCCUUGCCCAGCUACUCAGGGCCCUUCCUAAACUGGGGCUCUGGACAGCUCGAGGGGAAAGGGCCCUUCUUUGUGCUUGGGCUCUGGGCCAGAAGACUCAACGUGGAAAUCCAUUUUCUUCUGAGCUCCUCCAUUCCAUACCCUGCCAAGAAGAGUUAGUCACUUCCUGGGGGCUCCUUGGCCUGACUUAUGUCCAUUAAUAUGACCAUUAAGUGCUGGGCAUUGGGUUGAGCCUGGGAACACCCACAAGGAUGAAGCUAACCCUGCCCUUUAGGAACUCUCAUUCUAGAUGGGAGAGGAAGGGGGUGGCAGGUGAUGUUUCUAUACAAAGUAUUUGAGCUGAGCUCCAAAGGGAGCUAUAGCCUCUAGAAGGCUACAGUGGCAGGGACGGGGCAUGCAAAUGCAUAGAGGUGGGAGAUGGGAUGUUGGAGAAGAGCAACAAGGCCAUCUGGGCUGGGACAUAAUGCCUGAAAGAAGAGUGAGGUGUAAUAAAGAUGGAAGAGCAAGAACUGGAUCCAGUUUGUGACGGAGCUGGGAGGUUUCAUGAAGUCUUUGAUGAAUUAAAAAAUAAUUUACUGUUAUUUACUCCAGAAUCCAUCACCUUCCCAGGAAACUGACUCAUAGAACAAGUACUGCUAUUUUUACACACCUCCCCAAAAAGGGGGAAAUCACUGCUCAAUACAGCGAAAAAGUCUAAAAACGAUGGUGAGCUGAGCAGGACAUCAUCUCCCAUCUCUCCUUUCUACCCUGAUGCAUGCUUUGUAGUUUUGUUACGUUCUCUUUUGAUUCCCAUCUGUCUGUUUAUGGUAAUUCUGUUGACAUCUUUGGAGUUACUGUGUCUAUUUUCUCAUCUCUGCUGACUCCAAUAUGCAUCAGUUCAUGGACAUCCUUCCAGGCUUCUCCAAAUUCAUUCCCAAUUCAGCCUUUAUUACAGUACAGUGAUCUUCCAUUCCAUUCAGAUACCAGUGUUUAGCUAUUCCCUAACCUAUAAGUGCCUACCUUGUUUCCAGUUCUUGGCCAAUAUAAAAAGUUUCUAGAAAUAAUUUGGUGUAUGUAAAUGACCUCCCUAGAGUAUAAGCCUAGAAUGUACUGGCUGGGUCAAAAGGUUUGUUUCGUUUGUGUGAUUCCAAAUUGCUUUCACCAGAAGGUUAUACUGUUUGACAGCUCCACCAACAAUGUACCAGUGGAAUGGAAAGGGUAUGAAAUGUCAAACCGCUGCAUAUUUCAUUAGAGAAAUGAUAUGGAGGCAUUCAGGCUUGGACAGGCUAUAAUCCCUUCUCUGCCUCUUUCCCUCCUAGUUUUUUUAAGUGAAUCUCCUGUCAUGUGUUUAUUUCUCCAUGGCAAUAUCUAUACUGCUUCUCUGUUAUUUUUUUGUUGCCAUCGCUCAUCUUGCUGACCAGAGUUCACGGACUUCCCUUUCUGCCCAUUUGGUCACUUUCCCUCUGGCCUCACCCACAGAGCUUCAAGGGUUUGAGAAAUUCCCCAGUCCAACCUCCUUCCUUUCCAGGAAGAGGACAGAGCCUGGGAUAGGGCUGGGAACAGGGACUGCAGAGGCUAGAACUCGGACCUCUCAGACUCCCAGCUGAUUCAACCCUAAGGAAGGACCCAGGCAUCCCCUGCUUCCUGCAGCUCAACUCAGAGCCACCAGAGGGCUCCCCCCCUGGAUUCCCAAACUUUCUCCCCCAAAUCAUCUUUCACUUUCGAUCUCUGAUGUUUGGGCCCAGACCUGCCCUGGGCCUUCCCAGCCUGGACAGGAUGCCUGGGCCCGGCAGCGGCAUGAGGGGCCCCAAUUCAAGAUGACCAGCCCAGCCCCAGCCUGGCCCCUCACUGCCUCCACGCUGCUGCUCCUCCUGCUCCUGCUGCCCCGGGACCCCAGCAGGGCCGCUGAGCCUCCGAGCUGCACCUUCCCUGACAGCCCCAUCAGCUCCACGUUCCUCCAGGCCAUCGGCAGACUGUCUGACUACUUGCUCACGGAUUACCCUGUGGAAGUCCCUGAUAACCUCCAGGUGGAUGAGCGCUGCCGGGCCCUGUGGCACCUGUUUUUGGCCAAGAAGACUCUCGACCGCCUGGAGCUGGUGGCCGGGAAGGAGCUGAAGAAACUCCUGGACAAAGUGUGCACUGAGAUCAGCUUUGUCAGGAAAUGCUUCUCCGAGGCCCUUCCUGGCUGCCUCCACUUCCGCAAGGCCAACAUCUCUCACCUCCUCCUGGAUAUCUCCAGCCACCUGGAGGCCCUGCAGCCCCUCAUCAGCAGCCAGGACUUUGGGCCCUGCCGGCGGCUCCGCUGCCAGCCAGAGCCCUCCACCGAGUCCACACCGCCCUCCCCUGGAGGUCUCGGGGCCCUGGGAAACACUCCAGCCCCCCUCAAACACUCCACCUUCCUUCUGCUGGCCCUGGGGGGGCUGUCAAUCCUGCUGCUCCUGAUCCUGGGGGCUGCCUGGAGGUGGAAGCAAAGGAAGAGGCAACAGAGGCCCACAGGAUCCCCCAUGUCCCCCGUACCCCAGGUGAGCUUGGCUCUGCUCAGUGGGGGGAGGAAGGUUGGUGCCCCCAGUGGGGGCAAACAGCAGCUGACCCCGUGCUGGGGGGUCGUGGCUAGAGCCCCCCAGACUCUGUCCCCCAGGAAAGGCAGCUGAUGGUGCUUUGAAAGAAGAUGUCAGUGUCUGGUGGACCUUGAAGGCCAAGCCCAGGAGCUGGGGUCACCUGCAGGAAGCCCUCCAAGAGCCCCCCAAGUUCAGACCAGCGGCAGUGGCAUCUCUUGCAAGCCCCAGUGCCUCUCUUCCCGGGGUUCUGGUGCCCUUGGCAACAGGCACCCGAUGCCCCUUCUCUGUCCUCCAGAACGGGGGAGCUGGCAGUGUCCCCUGCGCCCCCCAGAGCCAGCCCUGAGGAUGUAUAUAAAACGUUUUCCAAUA